CAGAGUGCAGAUGAACAGCAUCGUCUCCGCGACAGAGAGACGGAGGAGGAUGUGUGAUUCCGUAAGAUUUUACGUUUGAUACCAAAAAGAAAAUAUCUCCAGGGCUCAGCGGGUUUACAUUCAGGAGGUGUGAGCAACGGUCAGGCUCGAGCUGACUCAUUUUAAUGAGUUGAUUUGAAGACUUGCUCUCGCGACCAGCCUAGAGAGCUACUGUCCAUCUGUCUAAAAAACAAACAAACAAACAAACAAAAAGCUACAGACACAGACAGUCAUGAUGGAGUCUAUUUUAGACAGUUUAUCAGCAGAUAAACUCUAUCCGUCCGGAGGAAACAACCUGUUGGACCUGGAGGAACUCAGCGACGGUGAUUUCCUCACAAACGUGCCUUUUUCAAGUGACCAGAUGGACGACUUCAGCAGCGAAUUAUUCAACAGUUUCUUUGAUGACCAUCUAUUAGAGCGACCCCUACUGCCAGACAGGCCCUCACUCCUUCACCUUGACAUGGACAGCAGCCCAGGGCUUUUUAAUCUCACAGAUAUUCAAGCAGAACACAGCUACUCAUUGAGCGAAGACUCCGCCCCUCAGAGCCCCGCCCUGUCAAUCAAAAUGGACCAAGACUCUGAGUUUGAGUGGAACUUCAGCCAGGACCUGUCAGGCAUCUUAGUAAAAGAGGAGGAGCCUGAUGUGAGUCAAAGGUUAGAUCGUCAGCCUCUGGAAGGUCCACCUCUUAUAUUAAGCCCUGCCCCUCCACACAGAGGAUCACCAUGGAAACGCACAGAGCACAGUCAAGAUGACGUGAAGCCGGUGGCUAUAAAGGAUGAACCCAGAGAGAUUGGACAGUACCUCAGCCUGCCCAGCGACGAUGCCCUCCAGCUUCCGCCCACCCCUCCCAGCAGUAACCACAGCGACAGUGACGGCUCGCUCCCACCCUCCUCCCCCCACCUCCCCCUGCCACCGUCUUCCCCACAACCACAGCAGAGGCCAGGAGGUCGUGCCUCUUCCUCCUCCUCCUCUUCAGCCAUUUCCUCCUCACCUCUCCUCACUGCACCACAUAAGCUGCAGGGUUCAGGACCCCUGAUGUUGACAGAGGAAGAGAAAAGGACCCUGGUUGCAGAGGGUUACCCAGUACCAAACAAACUUCCCCUUACUAAGAGUGAAGAGAAAGCACUGAAGAGAGUCCGAAGAAAGAUUAAAAAUAAGAUUUCAGCUCAGGAGAGCCGGAGGAAGAAGAAAGAGUAUGUGGAAUGUCUGGAAAAAAAGGUGGACAGUUACACAUCAGAAAACAGCGACCUGUGGAGAAAAGUAGAAAACCUGGAGACAGCCAACAGAUCUCUCCUACAGCAGCUACAGAAGCUUCAGUCACUGAUUUCAGGGAAAGUCAUCCCUCGUUCCUGUAAAAUGGCCUCAACUCAAACAGGAACAUGCCUCAUGAUGAUGGCCCUGUGUUUUGUUCUGGUGUUGGGCUCCUUCUCUCCUUGCCUCUCUUCCCUCUCCUUGCUCUCUCACACCUCAUCUUUGUCCUCCUCUUCCUCCCAAUCCUCCCCUUCCUCCCAUCCUCCUCUAUCAACGGACCUCUACACAACCAGUCAGGUCCGUUCCCGCAGCCUGCUCUUUUACGAUGAACAGGCUCCGUUGGAGGAAAGUUUGGUGGCGUCAGAAGGCCUCUCCCACAUCCAGACGCGCCACCACACAGCUGACGGCCACAGCAACCAGACAGCUGGCUCCAAGUUAGACCAAAGAGAAACCAAACCAGGCGGAGUCUCAGAGAUUUUCUGACUCUCAUAACUUCUCACCUCCAACCCACAAAGAAACCCCGAAAGCUUCAAAUUGCCGUAAUCAGCUGGUUUCAAGUCCACAUUUAUCUGGACCUAAACCUGCCUGUAUUUAAAUAAUCUUAUCUGGUGAGCAUUGAACGACGCUUCAGGUACUGCAGUGCUCCCAAUCUCCAUAUCUGGCAUCCUUCUCUGCUUUAAAAAAAACUCUGUUAUACUUGAAUACUCUUGUUUUUUUGUUUUUUUAAUGGACCUUCUUGUUGGAAUUUCCAUUUUUAUGCACUAAAAAUAUAAUUAAAUCAGUCCAACUAAUUCCUCCCAUAUUUUGUUGAAAGACAUGACUCUGGGUUAAAACUCUCAAGCUGGCUAAAUUUUAAAGAUAGCUUUAAUUUAAAAAACAACAGCUUGCAUAUUUGAUGCAUUUCUGUGAAAGUAAGACUAAACUUUUUUCCCCAAAAGAGAGGCGAAUAUGAACCAGUUAAGUUAUGAUCAUAUAAAAAUAUUAUCUUAAAAUGUCCAAAUUCUUAGAGAAAGAAUCAGAUUUUUUCCAACAGCAAGUCCAAAAAGUAUGAUGCGAUGCAUCUUUUUCAGGAACUUAUAAAUAUGAUUGCAUCUAUGUGGAAAUUUAACAGACCUCCACUGUGCUAUUCUAGUUUUCGUAUUUCUCUUAAUGAGAUCAGUGCUUUUUAUUUUAAACCAAAUACACCACCUAUGAACAAAGGGCUGUUUUUUUACUUAUUUUGGUAUCACUAGAUUAAUUUUUAUUAAUUAUUUUUAAUUUGUUGAUACAAAUCAUCAUAAAAAAGUGAAAAAAGGGCCCAUAAAUAUUGAUAUCUGACAACUAUACAAGACCUAAUAGUGUUCCGUUUUAAAAUUAUGAAGAAUAAAAUGGCGGGAACGACAUGUCUGACCAAGACAACAUGCAUAUGUGUUGAAAAUAUGCUUUACAUAAAGAAGCUGUGCCAUUUUUUUUAAAGUGCCUUCCACACACAAGUCCAGUAUGACCAACUUAGCCUUACACCCAAUGCAACUUUACUGGACAUUAAACCAGAAUAUUUAAAUCAAGUGAACCUUUCAAAUGCUGAUUAAUAUAUUUAGAGGCAGAGCAGUGACAGCUUUAAUGCAAAGUUUGUGAUUCCCGAUGAAAAUGUCCUUAAAAUAAACUAAUAAAAACACAAGUGUUUUAUUUUUUUAAUCCACCUCUCAAGCUUAAAAUAGUACUUUACUUCAAAUUCUGCCAAAAUCUGACAUUUGUUUUGUGUUUUAGGUGCCAUAUUUUCAUAGGACAGGACCAUUUGGAGGUUGAGAAACAUGACAAAAUAUUUUUAUGGAAAUAUAAAUUGUAUAUGUAAUAUAUUU